AUGGAGAUCCAUCAGUCUGCUGUGAUUCUGCUGCUGGUCUUGGCUGCUGCUUUCACUGCUUAUGGUCAACCAGCUCAUAUAACCCUCCGUUAUAAAAAUUUCCUCCAUCAGCAUCUGGGUCCUCAUGUGAAUGAGAGGCAGUGUGACAGUGAAAUCAGUAGAAGGCACAUCACUCUCGCUGGAAAUGUCUGCAAACCUACCAACACCUUCAUACAGGUGAAUGCAAAUAAUAUUAGAGCCGUUUGUGGCAAAGGAGGAACUCAACAUAGGGAUAACAGAAUCCGGUUUACGAGCAACAAGCCUUUUUUUGUGGUCACAUGUGAAUUACAAAGUGGAAAAAGAUACCCAAAAUGUGUAUAUGGUAGAGGGACGGGGUCCACUCGUAACAUUGUUUUGGAAUGUGAUGAAGGCUGGCCUGUACAUUAUGUUGAAAGCAUAAUUAAUGGAUAGAUGACAUGGCUAAAUAUAGAGCCUCUCAAAGCUUAACAAUAUUUUGCUAAUCAUGUGUUCACUUCUCCUUUUCAUCUUUCUUUGUUUUUGAAGUGCAAUAAAAAAGGUAAUCUGCAGUGGAUUAAAGAAGCUGUUUUACAAUCUCUAAUUAUAUUUGAGCUAAUAUUUAUUUCCUUUUGAAGAG